GGACCCAAAUGCUUCAACAACAUUCAACAGAAAAACAACAAAGAGUACCAGCUUUCCAUAUUGCUAUGCUUCGCAUCUCCUCACGUCACUCUCCUCCUUUUUCUUCUGUAGUUUGCGACUCGCUGGCCGAACCCUAAAACCCUCCAAAACCUGAUCUCGUUUCUUUCGCCGACAUCUCCCUUCUUGUUGAAACUGUGGUGGGGAGGUAAUGGGAGAUCACGGAUCCAAGGUGGAGAUCUCGUUCGCUGGGAGGUUUGCAAGCAGCGCCAUCGCUGCUUGUUUCGCUGAGAUCUGCACUAUUCCCUUGGACACUGCCAAAGUCAGGCUUCAGCUGCAGAAGAAAGCAGUUGCGGAAGAUGCAGCAGCUUUACCUAAAUAUAGGGGAAUGUUGGGAACUGUCGCCACUGUUGCUAGAGAAGAAGGGUUGGCUGCACUGUGGAAGGGCAUCAUACCUGGAUUGCAUCGUCAGUGCAUUUACGGAGGGUUGAGAAUUGGAUUGUAUGACCCGGUUAAAGCCUUCUACGUUGGAGAUAAUUUUGUUGGAGAUAUCCCUUUGACCAAGAAAAUACUUGCUGGGCUUACGACUGGUGCACUAGCAAUUGUUAUAGCGAAUCCAACCGAUCUUGUGAAAGUACGACUUCAGGCUGAAGGGAAGCUUCCACCUGGUAUUCCAAGACGUUAUUCAGGAGCUUUAAGUGCUUAUUCUACAAUAUUCAAACAGGAAGGAUUGAGCGCUCUGUGGACUGGGCUGGGUCCUAACAUUGCACGAAAUGCUAUCAUAAAUGCUGCAGAGUUGGCCAGCUAUGAUCAAGUGAAAGAGACCAUACUGAAAAUUCCAGGAUUUUCAGACAACGUUUUCACUCAUCUUCUAGCUGGUCUUGGGGCUGGCUUCUUUGCCGUUUGCAUUGGCUCCCCUGUUGAUGUGGUCAAGUCAAGAAUGAUGGGAGACUCCACCUACAAAAGCACACUAGACUGUUUCAUCAAGACACUGAAAAAUGAUGGACCCCUGGCUUUCUAUAAGGGAUUCAUUCCAAAUUUUGCUCGACUAGGCUCAUGGAAUGUGAUUAUGUUUUUAACUCUGGAGCAGGUUAAGAAGUUCUUUGCAAGAGCAGUGCCUGUCUGACACACACGUGCCCUGAAGAAUUUAGGAGUGCUCCUGAAUAAAGUUUCCUCGAGGCGACUUUAAUUGCCAACAGGAUUUUGGCAUUGCCCACAGACGUGUCAUUUUAAUUAGCAGUGCAUUUUAUUCUUAAGAGUAAAAAUUUGUUGUAAAACACUAGAAAUCUGCUGUAGUAUCUGUUGUACUUGAGCGACUUCCUUAUUAUAGUUAUCCCAACAAUUUCUGGGAAUAUAAAUUUCAAUCAGAUUUAAAUGUUGUUCA